GCGAAAGAAAUAAACACGACAUCUCAUCGCUCAUCUGCACAAGAAAUUUCAAUUGUUAUUACUUGUUUGUUCAAACACCUGCAUCAUCUCGGGCUAUGCUUAUCUGUGACUUGUCCAUGAAAUGGCCUUCAGAGUCAAUCUUCCACCCGUCACUCGCGCCCUCCUCGCGGCCACCAUUGCAUUGAGCCUUCUCUACAAUAUCGCACGAUGGCGGUUACUACAGGCGGACCUUGAUCCCACCACUGGAAACGAAGAGCCUGCACCGCGACGUGUUGUUCCCUAUCUGGCCCUUGUACCGGCGCAAUGCAUCUGGUACCCUUGGACGUUUCUUAGCGCGACACUCGUCGAACAGAACAUCUUCACGUUGCUUUUACAAGGCGGCACCUUGUUCUUUGGAGGGAAAUACUUGGAAAGAGCCUGGGGCACAAAGGGUUUCAUAUAUGUCGUCCUGAUCGCGUCAGCCAUACCAUACAUCCUUGCAGCUCCUACCUACAUCCUGUGGGCUGCCAUUACAGGUAGCCCCGACAGAGCCCUCACACCUCUCAACGGCGGCAUCACCUUGCAAGCUGCCUUUCUCGUCGCAUUCAAGCAGUUAGUGCCGGAGCACACUGUGAGCAUUUAUAAAGGCAUGAUUAAAAUGAGGGUGAAGCACUUCCCAGCCGUAUUCCUGGCCGUCAAUACACUCUCAGGUCUCAUCCUCGGGACCGAUACUGCGCUAAUUCUCGCCUGGUAUGGACUGAUCACGACUUGGACAUACCUGCGCUUUUAUAAACGGCAGCCCGAUCUAUCAUCAACAAGCCCAGAUGGUGGCGGUCUAAGAGGGGACGCUAGCGAGACAUUCGCAUUUGCGACCUUCUUUCCCGACGUCAUGCAAGCUCCUAUUGCGGCAUUUUGCAACCAGAUAUUUGUCCUCCUCUGCAAUCUCAAGAUAUGUAUACCAUUCUCCGACGAAGACAUCGCGACGGGAAAUGAGCAUGCAGCUGCGAGAGGUGAGGCUGGUCUACCCAGCUUCAGCAGACAAGCGCGUGGGGCACGUGGGAUGAGCAAACGAGAAGAAGCAGAGCGAAGACGGGCAUUGGCACUGAAGGCGCUGGAUGAGAGGCUGAAUGCGGCCAGCAGUCGAGCUGGGCCUCAACAGACUACCACGGGCACUCCAAGUGUAGCUCAAGGGCCAGAGUUGCUGGGACAGACUGACUACCAACCUGAUGCUUGAUUUGUUUCUGGUCAAGUUGGACUUGACGAGAAUUGUCGCAGUACUUGUCGUCCCUAAUAGAUUGAAGAAUUGUCGACCUUGGACGUUCUCAUGUGCACCAUGCUGAUAUCCUGACCACUUUCGGCCGUGCGAGCUCGAUUCUGGCGAGAAAACUUCCCUCUCUGCAGGCUCGGCGAGGUCCGUCGCUCUAGGUCGAUAAUGGUAUCCUAGAUAGCUUUUAGCUGGUAUGGAGAACCCACAAUUAAUGAUGCC